UACUUAAAUUAUAUGCACUAGAAAAUGAGAUGAAUCCUCAAUUUUUGGUACCUACCACCUUUUUCAUUUAAAAGUUAAAACACUCUCUCCUCAUUUCCUAUAUUUCUAAACUUUCUAAAUUCAUCUCCAAGAAAAAUAAAAAUCCUGCCAUGGGAACUGAAGUUGUUAUGGUUGAUGAUGUCCCUUUUCCUCCACAGAUCACAAUCAUCAAGCCUUUAUCUCUGCUUGCUCAUGGAAUCACAGACAUUGAAAUUCACUUUCUCCAGAUCAAGUUCACAGCCAUUGGAGUUUACUUAGACCCUCAAAUACUGGUGCAUUUGCAACAAUGGAAGGGCCAAUCUGGAAAUCAACUGGCUCAAGAUGAUGCCUUUUUUGAUGCUCUGAUUGCUGCUCCUGUUGAGAAAUUGGUGAGAGUAGUGGUGAUAAAGGAAAUAAAAGGGUCACAAUACGGAGUUCAGCUAGAGAGUGCAGUGAGGGACAGGCUUGCAGAGGUUGAUAAAUAUGAAGAUGAGGAAGAAGAAGCCCUGGAGGGAGUCAUUCAAUUCUUUCAGUCCAAAUUCUUGAGCAAAGACUCCGUCAUAACUUUCCAUUUCGUACCAACUUCACCUGCAACGGCUCAGAUAGGGUUUCGCACACAGGGAAAAGAAGAGUCGAAGAUAAAGGUGGAGAAUGCAAAUGUGGUGGAGAUGAUGAUGAAAUGGUACUUAGGCGGACCUCGGGCUGUCUCUCCUACUACUCUCUCUUCCCUCGCCAAUACUCUUUCUGCUCAAUUCUCCAACUAAAUUCCCUCUCUUAUCUCAUGCUAUUCAUAUGUUUCUUCUUCAAUAACAUUUGCCUUUUCUUUUUA